GUCCCAGAUCAUCAGGUCCUGCAUCUCGAUCAUUGCCCUCUUACGUCAAACCGUCAAUAAUUGAUUAAAUUAUGUACACCCACCUUGGUUCCACGAUAAAAUGACUUCCGAGGCAGAGUUUGGUUUGGAUAGCAAGCAGAGGCUUCUCUUAGAUGCUCAAGAGAGGUGGGGAUGGAGUCGGUGUUAUCUCUUGUGAUGGUGGUGUUCUAUGGGCUACUCUUUUGCCCGGGCUGGUGCGAGACCUAUCAUCAUGUCUUCUAUGUGAAAGAAGCAUCUUACACUCGGUUGUGUGGAACGAAGAAGAUGAUGACGGUCAACGGGCAGUUUCCUGGACCUACUUUAUAUGCUAACAGAGGAGAUGAGUUGGUGAUCAAGGUCUUCAAUUAUGCACACUGCAUUCUUUGGUGCCAUCUUCAGAGCUUUGGAAAAAUCAAUAUAUUAGCGGAAGACUUGGGAGUGAUUACCGAGGAUGUUGUUCAGCUAAGAAAAGCUAUUGGGGCUCCUGGAAUGGCAGUUCUCCACUUCUGGAAGUGGCUCAGACAAUCUCACUUGCCUCGUAAUCAUGAGCAAGAUCAAGUUGUAUACACAGGAACCCAUGAUAAUGACACGAUUCUUGGUUGGUGGGAGAAAAUUUGGAGGAGGAAGAGAAGUGUAAUAAGUCGUUAUCUUCUUCCCUGUUCUGUUUCCGAAGCUGCUUGGCAAAUCACAACCAUCAACCGAUAUGGUCGUCCAAGAACCGAUAGUACGGACGGGUAGGAUUGCACUGACAUGCCUAUUUGCUGUUGAGGGAACAUCAGCAGAUGUUCGUUAAGCCUGUUGACGGCAAGUAUCUGUUUCCAAAAACACAGGGAUUUCACUCUGGGUGGUGUUUCAUUUCAUCAAGCCUUGAAUCCACUCCAUCGUCCCGAAGUCAAAAAGCUAUGAAAACUAAGCACGUAAAUUAGAACGACUCAAACAUGGCAAGCCUUUAAAUGGUUCACUGUACCAAAGAUAAAAAGGUCUCGGAAUCUUGAUGGUCCCAGCUCAUCAGGUGCCACGUCUUGAUCAUUGCCCUUUUAUCUCAAACCGUCAAUUGAUUAAAUUAUGUACGCCCAUCUUAAUUAGUUACACUAUAAAAUGGCUUCCGAGGCAGAGUUCAGUUUGGAUGGUAAGCAGAGGGCUUCUCUUGAGGGCAUCAAAAGGAGCAUGCGUGCCGUGCUCACCCCAAGGAUGUGGCUGCAUGCCACAAUAUGGGCAAAUCACCAUACAAAAUAGCUACAAGCUAGUGUUCCUUUAGGCAGCAUUUAGUUGGUAAAUAAAAUAGUAUAAGAUCGACUUAGACCAAACAGUAUUUGGAGAACAAGCAUAAUCAAGGAACAAUUAUACUGAUUAAACUUACUUAUGACAAUAUAUAACUAUUCCGUCCAAGAGCUGUCCAUGUCAUAGAAGUAUUUUUGGUAUAAAGCUAUCAUUUAGAUCUACUUUUUACUUUUCUGUGAUAACAAGAUUCUCAUCUAAAACCUAUUCGAAAACUAUAAUCAAACAAAAAUUGGAGUAACUUAGUGUAUCGAUAUUCCUGUAUUUUCCUAUUUCCAUAAACCAACACAACAUUACGUAAAAGCAAAUCCUGUUAUAUAUAUCCUGCCUAUCUUGCCUAGCCUUGAUCUGACACAAGAGGCCAUCACCAACAGACAAGAACCAUAUCGUCCCAUUUAUUUAUAUAUAACAGAUGCAACUUAAGACCUAAAUAGCAUUUUCCUUUAAAAUGACGAAAGGCUUGUUUCAGUACAUGUGACCGCUGUCAUGGCCCAUGAGUUUGGUACUGCGAAUCAAGGUUCACCUGCUACGAUGACUUCCCCACCUAAAAUUUCUUUGGUGCGUGGGACCAGGAUUGCGUUUGAAGCUUGUUAUCUUUAAGUUCUAAUCUUUUAUGAAUAAAUAUUAUUAAAAAAUUAAUCAAUUUAUAUAUAUUUUUAUAUGUUUGAAAAU